AUGGAAGGGGUCCAAUCCCUGGACGAGAAUGUGGGAAACACACAAAGACCAAGAUUCGAGAGGAACAAGCUAUUGCUGGUGGCCUCCGUGAUUCAGGGGCUGGGGCUGCUCCUGUGCCUCACCUUCAUCUGCCUGCACUUCUUUGCUCCUCAGGUAUCACCUCAGUAUCCUCCAAUUCAAAAUAUCAAAGUACAGUUUACCAGGUGUGAGAAGGAGAAAGGUUUCAUCAUCACAUCCAAAAUCAAGGAUAAAACCAUGAAGGUGCAAAACAACUCCAUCAUCAUCAGAUGUGAUGGGUUUUAUCUAAUCUCCCUGAAGGGCUACUUUUCCCAGGAGGUCAACAUCAGCCUUCAUUACCGGAAGGAUCAGGAGCCCCUUCUGCUCCUGAGCAAGGUCAGGUCUGUCAACUCUAUCAUGGUGGCCAAUCUGGCUUUCAAAGACAAAGUCUACUUGAAUGUGACCACUCACAAUAUCUCCUGUGAAGACCUCCAGGUGAACGGAGGGGAACUGAUUCUCAUCCAUCAAACUCCUGGUGAAUUCUGUGCCUACUGA